CCCUAUUUUCGUUUCUGCUUGGGCAAAACAACCAAUCAACGUACAAGACGCCAUUCCCACGUCAACGGCCAGCUCGCUUGCGUCCACGAAAACUGCCAAACAGUCUCUUAUCUCAGACCUCGGAAGAAUUGCCAACAUUCAAUGCGAGCCCAACCGAUAUUCAGCCUAGUCGCCCGGGCUCGCCCAAACCGUUCAGGCGAUAGUGUCGCGACUCGCGAGUGUUUGCCGAGCUCUGAGUGGUCGAAAAGGGGUUUGUCACAUCAAGGGCCCGUUCUGGACUUGGCUCGUGCCCCGAAAAUUGCCUGUUUGAGGUUAACUCCCCCGCGGCGCCCCGCCACUCCAACAUUAUUAUCAUUGUUUGUGGCUGCUGUGCCGUCCCAUCGUCGCCUCUGGUGCUCCCGAGAGGCGAACCGCUGCUUCUCGACCUCGACCCCUUUUUCCUCUACAAAGGCCGUCCCUCUACAAUCGAUUACUUCCUCGACAACCCUCACCCUUCGAGCCAACAUGUCGACCGCUACCACUACCACCGUUGCCGAGCCCAUCACGGCCGAGACAAUCCUUCGCCUCUUUCCCGACAUCGACACGAGGAGCGACGCGCUCGAGGGUCACGAUGAGGAGCAGAUCCGCUUGAUGGACGAGGUCUGCAUUGUCACCGACGAGAAUGACCUCCCCAUUGGCACUGCCAGCAAGAAGCUCUGCCAUCUUAUGACCAACAUCGAUAAGGGUCUCCUUCACAGAGCCUUCUCCGUCUUCCUAUUCAACGACAAGAACGAGCUUCUUCUCCAGCAGCGCGCCACCGAAAAGAUCACCUUCCCCGACAUGUGGACCAACACCUGCUGCUCGCAUCCUCUGAACCUUGCCAACGAGACCGGAUCGACCCUUCCCGAUGCUAUCGCCGGUGUCAAGAACGCUGCCCGGAGGAAAUUGGACCAUGAGCUGGGCAUCAAGCAGGAGCAGGUUCCCUUUGAGGAUUUCCGUUUCCUUACCCGCAUCCACUACAAGGCUCCUAGCGAUGGAAAGUGGGGUGAGCACGAGAUUGAUUACAUCCUCUUCAUCAAGGCCAACCCCGAGGUAAACGCCAACCUGAACGAAGUCCAGGCCACACAGUGGGUUUCUGCCGAGAAGCUCAAGGAGAUGUUCAAGGACCCAUCUCUCAAGUUCACCCCCUGGUUCAAGCUCAUCUGCGAGUCCAUGCUCUUUGAGUGGUGGGCUUCCCUCGACAACGGGCUUGAGAAGUACACCGACGAGCAGGAGAUCCGCCGCAUGCUUUAAUAAGCGAGUGCAAGCAAAGAGACAAACACGAUGAACGAGAGCACCAUCGUGUGUGUGGAAACGAGAACUUUAAAGAAAGAAAGAAACCAUUGCCUGCCGGAUUUACGCCUUUCGCAGCCAGACAGGACUUAUAACUCUAAUCAUAUUACCUACGUUCACCCAACGCCGAGAUAUCCGCUUUUGUGCGCUUGACGAAUAAGACGUCGUGCAAAGAGCCUUUUAGUUUCUGAUUUUCAUUUUCUUGCGUCGGUCACGGUUGGCGCUCAGCGGGAUUGUUCAUUCGGGAGCAAGAUGAGGGGCGGGGGGG